AUGUUCUUUGUACCAGACUUCCUCAAUCGUGUUGCGUUACCUCUGCACAGCCCCUAUGCAGUGGCGGCGGGAGGAGCACACAGUCCAUCUUCGCCGGGCGGCGGUGGAUCACCAUAUAAUGGCUCGCAAGCUGGUUGCAGCAGUGGCGGAAUCUCGCCGAUACCCCAAAUGCCGGGUGUAUCACCGAAAUAUAGACGCAGCAUAUCCUUUCCCAUCAAGGGCAACUCGCCAACGGCAUUGUUCGGCGGCGGAGUACCUGGUGGCCAUGGCGGCUUGGAUGGCAUGCCCGGUGGUGGACACAUGAAUAUACCAACUCUAUCGAUUGGCAAUGGCUCGGGCAACGGCAGUGGCGGAAUGGGAACAGCAGGUGCUUCGGGCGGCGGAGAUGCCCCCUAUCUGGGCAAUAGCUAUGGCAAUCUGGUGUCGGCCAAUGGACAAUUGCAUCACUCCGGCAUUGAGAACACUUUGAGUGACUACAUGCGCGGCAUGUCUCUGGGUGGUGGCGGAGGAGGUGUCGGCGUCGGCGUUGGUGUCGGUGGCGGACCUGGUGGCGUACCUGGACCUGGUGGUGAUAACAACUUGGCCAUGAUGCAGGACCGCAUGCGUGUCAUGGGCGGUCCCAAGCACCUGAGCGAGGCCGAUGCCAUGGCCAUUGCAGCGAGCAAUGAUCCCACAGUCUAUUUGAAUGCCUUGAAAAUGGGUUCGCCCUCUCGCCUGUCCUCGCACUCAUCGCAUUCGCCCAUCCAGGGCGGGAAUAAUGGUGGCAAUGGAGCUGGCGAUGGCACGGCGCGUUUCUCGCGCAAGGUAUUCGUAGGCGGUCUGCCACCAGAUAUCGAUGAGGAUGAGAUUACCACAUCGUUCCGUCGCUUUGGUCCCUUGGUCGUGGAUUGGCCCCACAAGGCCGAGUCCAAGUCAUAUUUUCCACCCAAGGGCUAUGCCUUCUUGCUGUUCCAGGACGAGAGCAGUGUGCAACAGCUGAUCGACUCGUGCAUCACGGAUGAGGACAAGCUGUAUCUGUGCGUAUCCUCGCCGACCAUCAAGGACAAGGCCGUGCAGAUUCGACCCUGGCGUCUGGCCGAUGCCGACUAUGUGCUCGAUGCCACCAUGUCGCUGGAUCCACGCAAAACGGUAUUCGUUGGCGGUGUGCCACGCCCCCUCAAAGCCUUUGAGCUGGCCAUGAUAAUGGAUCGUUUAUACGGCGGUGUUUGUUAUGCCGGCAUCGACACCGACCCGGAGCUGAAAUACCCCAAGGGAGCCGGUCGCGUGGCCUUCUCGAAUCAGCAGAGCUAUAUAGCCGCCAUAUCGGCACGUUUUGUGCAGCUGCAGCACGGCGACAUCGAUAAGCGUGUGGAGGUGAAGCCCUACGUCCUCGACGAUCAGAUGUGCGACGAGUGCGAGGGCCAGCGAUGCGGCGGUAAGUUUGCGCCAUUCUUUUGCGCCAACGUCACAUGCCUACAGUAUUACUGUGAGCACUGCUGGGCCGUCAUCCACUCCAGGCCGGGGCGGGAGUAUCACAAGCCAUUGGUCAAGGAGGGCGCCGAUCGGCCGCGUGCGGUGCCCUUUCGCUGGUGUUAACGGCGGCGCUGGUAGGCCGCGCUGCACGAUGAAAGACGCCAACAGAGAGAGCAACGACAUCGGUUGUUGGACGCAGCGCUGGCAGUGCCCAGAUAUAUCACAACAACUACCACCACCA